AAGGAUGUGGGGAGUAGGAGAGAUAGGAACAUAUAAAAGGAAAUUGCAUGUGCCUGUUAUGUGUUUUCAUCCCAUGUUUUCCACAAGGUCCAUGAAUGCAAAAUGAAGCUAUUCCUCCUAAUCUGCUUGCUGGUUUCUUGCUGUUGCCGCGCUGGGGCAGUGAACCGGGAGUACUAUAUUGGCAUUACAGAGACUGUCUGGAACUAUGCACCUGGCAAUACCAGUGCCAUCUCUGGACAGCUUUUUGCAGAAGAAGAGCAGGCUGAAGUCUUUCUCAAAAGAGGACCACACAGGAUAGGAAACACUUACAAGAAGGCUAUCUACGUUCAGUAUACCAAUCAUUUAUAUGACGUGAUAGUUGACAAACCUUCCUGGCUGGGUUUUUUAGGUCCUAUAAUUAAGGCAGAAGUUGGAGAUUCCAUUACUAUUCACUUGAAAAACUUUGCUUCCAGAAACUACACACUGCAUCCACAUGGUGUAAGAUACACAAAAGAAAAUGAAGGUGCUUUUUAUCCUGACACUACCAAAGAUUUGCAAAAGCAAGAUGAUGCCGUAGAGCCUGGAGGCCAGUACACUUACACAUGGGAUGUGACAGAAGAUCAAGGUCCAGCUAAAGCAGAUGCAGACUGCAUAACCAGGGCUUACCACUCCCACAUAGAUGCUCCAAGAGAUGUUGCCUCAGGGCUUGUUGGGCCUUUAAUAAUUUGCAGGAAAGAUACAAUGAAUAGGGACACUGAUCAACACUUUGAUGCUGAAUUUAUCCUUAUGUUUUCUGUGGUGGAUGAAAAUCUCAGUUGGUAUCUAGAGGACAAUAUCAGAACAUAUUGUUUUGAGCCUUCCAAAGUGGACAAAGAUGAUGAGGACUUCCAGGAAAGCAAUAAAAUGCACUCAAUCAAUGGGUACAUGUAUGGAUACCUCCCAAACCUCACAAUGUGUGUGGAAGAUAAGAUAAAAUGGCAUCUUUUUGGCAUGGGUAAUGAAGCUGAUAUCCAUUCAGCCUACUUUCAUGGACAGACUUUAAUAGAAAGACAUCAUCGAGUUGACACCAUCAGCCUCUUCCCAGCCACAUUCAUUGAUGCUGUCAUGGUACCAAGGAGCCCUGGGGAAUGGCUGCUCAGCUGCCAAGUGAAUGACCACAUUGAAGGUGGUAUGCAGGCCCUUUUUAAAGUAGAAGAUUGUAAGAAAUCCACACCAGGUCACAGUGAGAGUACAAAGAUAAGACAGUACUUCCUUGCUGCUGAGGAGAUCAUCUGGAAUUAUGGCCCAUCUGCAGUGAACCAUUUUACAGGACAAGAAUUAAUUGUUGACAGUGAAUCUCACAUCUUUUUUGAACAAAGUGAGACAAGAAUUGGUGGCUCCUACAAAAAAGCAAUUUACAAAGAAUACACAGAUGAUUCUUUCACUGAAUAUAAAAAAAGACUUGCAGAGGAAGCUCACCUUGGACUCCUAGGACCUGUGAUCAGGGCUGAAGUGGGUGAGCGCAUCAGGGUGACCUUCCGGAACAAUGCCAGCCGCCCGUUCAGCAUCCAGCCCCACGGCGUGAGCUACCGCAGGAGCGCGGCCGGGGCGCGCUUCGGCACCGCGCCCGCAGGUACCGAAUCUCCAGCCUCUCACGUGAAUCCCGGCACCACAUUUACAUAUGAAUGGGAUGUGCCAGAAGAUGUGGGUCCCACAGAGCAAGACCCAGACUGUUUAACCUGGCUUUAUUACUCAGCUGUGGAUGCAGUCAGAGACACCAGUUCUGGCCUUGUGGGUCCUCUCCUAGUGUGCAGGAAAGGAGCUCUGCUUUCUUCUGGGAAACAGAAAAAUGUGAACAUGGAGUUUUUUCUACUUGCCACAGUAUUUGAUGAGAAUCUGAGCUGGUAUUUGGAUGAUAAUAUUUUGAUGUUUACACUAAGUCCUGAUAAAAUUGACAAAGAGGAUGAAGACUUCCAAGAAUCUAACAAAAUGCACUCUAUUAAUGGUUAUAUGUAUGGAAAUCAGCCUGGUCUUGAGAUGUGUAAAGGAAGUGUUGUUUCCUGGCAUUUGAUGGGCUUGGGUUCAGAAGUUGAUGUCCAUGGGAUAUACUUCUCAGAAAACACAUUUGUAACUAAAGGAACAAGAAGGGAUACAGCAAAUCUGUUUCCACAUACAGUUCUUACAGCUAUUAUGAAGCCUGAUUCUGAAGGAGUAUUUGAAGUGUCCUGCCUGACAGCAGACCACUACACUGGGGGCAUGAAACAGAACUACAAAGUGAAAAAAUGCCACUGGUGGAAUGUAGAUUUGUCUACAUAUUUGCAUGAAAAGAUUUACUACAUUGCUGCAGUGGAAGUUGAAUGGGACUAUUCUCCUAACAGGACAUGGGAAUUCGAGCGGCAUCAAUACCAUAAGGAAAGCCCUGGCAAUCCAUUUUUAAAUAAAGAUGAAAAAUUCAUUGGCUCAAAGUACAAAAAGGUGGUAUAUCGUGAGUACACUGAUCAGACAUUCAGGACUCCCAAAAACAGAGCAAAGGAGCAGCAGCACCUGGAAAUUCAAGGGCCGCUGCUUGUGUCAAAUACUGGAGAUAAAAUUAUAAUAGUUUUCAAGAACUUAGCAUCAAGACCUUAUUCUAUCCAUGCCCAUGGAGUGAAAACAGACAGUUCUGUUGUUGAUGUAACUAACCCAGGUGAUACAAAAAUAUAUGUCUGGAAAAUCCCAGAGAGAUCUAGUCCUGGGAGAGGAGAUUCACAUUGUAUUGCAUGGGCAUACCAUUCAACAGUGGACAUUGUUAAGGACACUUACAGCGGAUUAAUAGGCACACUUGUUGUGUGUCAUAGACAUUACCUGCCAUCAUUUCAUACUAAAAAGAAAGUUCAGUUUGCUCUUCUCUUUAUGGUUUUUGAUGAAAAUGAGUCAUGGUACUUGGAUGAAAACAUUAAAACGUAUUCUACCAACCCACACCUUGUUGACAAAGAGGAUGAGGGAUUCCUUGAAAGUAAUAAAAUGCAUGCCAUUAAUGGAAAGGUGUUUGGAAAUUUGCAUGGCCUGACUAUGCACGUUGGAGAUAAUGUCAGCUGGUAUCUGAUGGGAAUGGGCAAUGAGAUAGACAUUCACACAGUACACUUCCAUGGCCACAGCUUUGACUACAAGCAAACAGGCGUUUACCGGGCAGAUGUCUUUGAUCUGUUCCCUGGGACAUCUCAAACUGUGGAAAUGACCCCACAGAACCCUGGAACCUGGCUGUUACACUGUCACGUUACUGACCACAUCCACGCAGGCAUGGAAGCGACCUACACUGUGCUCCCAAAGGAAGAGUAUGUUAUGCCAGAUGUCCAGACAAUAACAAGGCUAAUUUAAGAGUACACAGAAAGACAUGCAAAAACAGACUUUCAACUUGGAUCAGCAGUACAUCGGAUUUUUUAUUAUUAACCAUCUAGACUGCAUUAAAAUGUAACCUUCAUUGCAUCUUAAAGCUGUUUUUAAACCUAACUCAUAAUGUCCAGAACGUACUUGGAUCCUCUGUGCUCAUUUUGGACUCUGCUGGCCACAUGCACAGACUAUUCUUUUGAUGAAAUGUACAAUAAAGCUAUUUUUCUCCUUCUAGACAAACAGUCUCUGUUCCCAAGAUUAUUCAAUCAGUUCAAGUGCAAAGGCAUGCCAGGCACUCAAGAAUGAUGAAAGCAUUUUAACACAGCGAUCCUCCAAGGUCUAUCUUAAUUUCUUGGAAAAUAUUCUUCUGGAUCACUCAUCUCUACACAGUUUGGAAGAUUUCGCAUAGUGGCCAUGGCUAAGAAAAGAACCACAGACUAAGACAGCUGAAUGGAUGUUACAGCUUAUAAAUAUGAGUUUCUGUAAAUGAAAAUAGUAUCUUGCAAAUGAAACACAUUUUAGGUGAUAGCUACUGCAUGUUAUUUAGCAGCUGAGGAACACAGAAGAACUAAUGAAAUGUACUUUUUUUUGAGGUUUGCAAAUAACCCUGAGUAACAGAAAAAUUUGGGGUAUCAGUCAUCAUACUGUCACAUUUUACUCGUAUGUCUGUAGUAAAUGCUUAGAAAACAGGAAUUUGGUUAUCACUUUAUCCAUAGGUUCACACUGAAAAGAUAUAUAGUACUGUAUAAUUAAGCAGUUAACAAAACAGUUAUAUUAUUUCUGUUGAAUUACUUUACAAUUUUAUUCAGUAGUACCUCUCAAGAAUAUGCAUUUAAAAGAUUUGGUUUUCUGUUAAGAAAAUAAUUCCAAGGCAAAAUUAGGCUGAAAUAAGCCUGAUGAAAUGCAGACAGUGAAGGCCAAAAGUUGGUAACUAUGGUACUGAAAAGCUUUGCUCUGACAACUCCUGCAGUGGAAUCAUUUUGCUGUUGCAGCUCUUGGUGAAGGAAAAAGAAAGUUUCCUGACAGGUGGAAGCAUCAGUGUUAGAGCAUGGCUGAUGCUACUCAAAAAUGAGUAACAGCGAUAUGGUUGUGUUUCAAUAACCCAACUCCUCAUGUUAGAUCUGUGCCAAAUGAGAAGGAAAGAUGUAUGGGACAGGCAAGGAAAGCAAGACAUCUAGGCUUUAUGCCUGCAAGAAUGAAAUUGCUUCUCUUUAACAAGCCUAAAUUGCUUUGGUCUUUUUUAAAGGUUACACUGAAACCAACAUAAUACCUACCAGUAAAUUAGAUAAUUCAUUUUACCUGUAGCAGGAAUGCUACGCGAGUAAGUUAAACUACUUUUGAUUUUUUUUUUUUUGUUAAUGUAUUUUAGCUGAAAUAUAGAUGGUCUCUUCUGACUGACUUCUAUAGGUUCAAAUAACAUUGCAACUCCAGUGAAAA